UCAUUCUAUACGUCAUUUUCUAAAUAACUCAUUGAAUUUCACAAGGAGAUAAUUGUAUUAUUAAAUAUAUAUAUAAUUUUGUAUAAAUAAAACGUGGCAUUUUUAAUAGUUCACAAAACGCUCGAUAUAAGCGAUUGUCAUUACAAAUUUAUAAGUUAAACACAUUGCGAAAAGUUUCUAUUUUUUUUAGGUUAGAAACGAUAUUCUUUUAUUAUAGUUUAAUGUCGCAAUCUACAGACAAUUUGAAAUUUGAAGCAACUGAAGCACAAGAUGCAGACGUGCAAAGAAAAAAGCCAACUUGUAUCAUUGUGCUUGGAAUGGCUGGUUCUGGCAAAACAACAUUUGUUCAAAGAAUUGUUUCUACUUUGUAUAGUAUUAAAAAACCAUAUGUAAUUAAUUUAGAUCCAGCUUGUAAAGAAGUUCCUUAUCCUGCUAAUAUAGAUAUAAGAGAUACUGUUAAUUAUAAAGAAGUGAUGAAACAAUAUAGUUUAGGUCCAAAUGGUGGUAUAGUUACGACAUUAAAUCUAUUUUCUACAAAAUUUGAUCAAGUCAUAGAUCUUAUUGAUAAGGCAGGUCAAGAACACGAGUAUGUAAUUUUGGAUACUCCAGGACAAAUAGAAGUAUUUACUUGGUCGGCAAGUGGUAGGAUUAUAACGGAAGCAUUGGCGUCUCAAUUUCCAACUGUUGUUGUAUAUGUAUUAGAUACUGUGCGCAGUGUUAAUCCUGUUACAUUUAUGUCAAAUAUGUUGUAUGCAUGUUCCAUACUAUACAAAACAAAAUUACCAUUUAUCGUUGCUAUGAAUAAGAUUGACAUCGUUGAUCAUAGUUAUGCUGUAGAUUGGAUGCAGGAUUUUGAAGCUUUUCAGGAAGCUCUUGAUUCAGAAACUAGUUAUAUCAGUAAUUUAACAAGAAGCAUGUCUCUUACUCUGGACGAGUUUUAUUGUCAUUUACGUAAUUGUGGAGUUUCUGCUGCUACUGGGGCAGGUAUCACUAAAUUCUUUGAACUUGUGGAAGAUGCAGUUAAAGAAUAUGAAAGCGAGUACAAGCAAAGUUGGCAGAAGUUGAAGCAACAGCGAGAUAUUGAAAGAAAAAAAGUUGAAAAAGAACAGCUAGAAAAUGCUACUCAAAGUGCCGCAGGGGAGACUGUACCUUUUGUAACAACUAUAAAUAGUGGUAGAGAAAUUUCAGAUAUAUAUCUAAAACAUGCUGGUAAUGAAUCAAGCGAGGAUGAAGAUGGAAUUGAAAAUACUUAUGAAGAAGACAUUGAAGAAAAGAAACAAGCUGAAUCUUUCAAAAGCUUUUUACAGAGGCAUCAACAGGAACAAAAUAAACGAGCUACAAGUCAACAAUCACAAUCCAGUACUAGUCAAAAUACAUAAUUUAUAUUCAGCAUACGAAUAUAAUUUAUAAUUCUUUUAUAUUUUGAAGUUUAAAAUAUUUCUUUCAAAUAAACAUUGUUUUUUAUUUUAUCGCUAUAAGCUAAUAUUUUUACAGAGAUAUAUAGCAUAAUCUAUAUAAUACUCUAUAUAUGACAGAUAUCAUUUUCAGAACAUUGAAUGAACUCGUUAACUUAUGUAAAAAAAAGUAGAAGCACUAACUAGAUCUUAUUUAGUAUUAUUUAAAGGGACGUAAAAAGCGAGAUUAUGUGUAUUAGGAAUGAACCAAGGAUUCGGAUUGUCAUCGUUAAUCGGACUGCAACUUUUUUUUGAACAAAAAUGUAUUUCAUUUUUUAUCGUGUAUUUCGGAGAAUGAUCACUUUGUGGAAUGGAAAAAAGUUCGAGCUCUGGCAAUCCUGAAAUUGAAAUUUCUUGUAAUAUGAAAAACAUCGAAGAAUCAAGUUCGAUAACAUUAAUUAUAUAUAAAUAGAACCUUGUUUCGAAGAUACAGAUUCGCUUCUAGUCGAUGUAUUCGAACACUUUUGUUGACACUCGCGUCUUAUUUGUUCCAAAGCUUCGGUCAAGGCAAGCUAUGUCGGAAAAAAGAAAGAUCUUAAUUCAUUAGAACGAUCACCGACUAACCCAUGUAACGAAAAGGAAUAUCUUACCUGACACAUUCGUAAAUGCGAUGUAGAGCGGAUUUCUUUUUCCGGAGAGUUCUCCGGUUUUAUCGUCGUACAUCUCUGCGAUCCAAGACGUUGACAAUAUUUGUUUCUUCCGACGGUUUUUCGACAGACUCUUGAGAGAAGAUCGACACGACCAGCACGGAAAUGAUCGUGCAAGAACUCAUGAACGUUUGGAUUAUGCGAGUUGCAAAGAGGAUCCCGAUUAUGCGACGUCACUUUACGAAAACCAUAGAGAUUCAGUUGUCUGAUGAAACUCGUGAUAUUCCUCGUUUUGAAAAUGGACUUCUCUCCGUCAAGAUAUUCCUCUUGAAAUUUCUUGUAAUCCAACAGAAUGGUUGAACCAUCGAUGUUCCAUCGAAUCGCACCACUCUUGCAAGCAUUAACGAUCCUCCAAAGUUUUUGAGGGAAUCGCAUCGAAAGUAUCAUACGAUCGUCGUACAUGCUUAGCUCGCUGAGAGAUUGGAACGCUCUUUCUUCGAACGAAAACGAUUCCGAGAAUAGUUCUACGCUUUCUCGAAUGUGCGAUUACCUCUUAAACAAAACACUAUCGUAUCACGGCAACAAUAAUUUUUCCAAGACUCCAGAACGCCGAAUCGU